AAAGCUAUCUAAUUGAAACAUGGAGUUCUUAAUUGCUGUCUGAUGUUUCAUCUAGUUGGGUAAUGUUUCAUUACCCAACUAGAUAGCAUCAUCAAUGCAAUUCACAUUGAUGUUUCCUAGUUGGGUAAUCAAAAAUCUGCAAACAAAAAAACUAGAUCAGAAAGCACCAAGAAGUCUACAGUUCAACCUUGAGGUGAAUUCAGAUAUCCAGUCACUCUUUAUGGGAUUAGAUGGGUUAUGCAGAAAAUAUUCCAAAGAAAUCACACAAAUUGCCCAGUUUCAGGAAAAACACAGAAGACGUCUAUUAGCACAUUACAGAGAAAAGAUUGCAAAACUAGAAGCAUAUCUUAAGAGAGCAUCACAACAAAUUCAGCAUAUACAACAAUUGCAACAUCGGAAUUCAUCAAAGGAGGUAGAAGUGCCACCUUCAGUAAGGAAAACUGAAACAGUAGCUGGUCCAACAAGAAUAUCACUGAUAAGUCCACCGCAGAAUGGACAUAUGGGUAGUGUUACAUGCAGAAGUUCUCAAUUAUCUGGAAUGACAUCAUUUCAGAGAAACCCAGCAGGAUCUAUAAGAUCAUCUCCAUUAAAAAUGCUCAACGGUGGAAAUUCAUACAUAUCGCCAUUUGCAUCAUCACAAAACUGUAGAAAUCAUAUCCCAAGUACUUUUGGACAGAAAUCUACUCAGCAUUAUCAGUCCACCAGUGCAUCUUUGCUCUCGUCUGGGAUCAAACACCCAAUCACUCUUGUUAACCUUUUACAGAGGCAGCAUUUAGGAUCUACUAAUGUUCCUGGACACUCAUUACAAAAAUAAAAUUACCUGCAACCUC